CAGUUCAGAGCGGGCCAUGGAUUUCAAUCAGCCUUUUUCAGUCCUCAAUGAGAAGCUGAGACCUCGAGUCACCACCAGCGAGCAACUCUACUCCUCUCUGACCAGGUUGGAGGGCAGACAGCUGGGCUCGCUCAGGAACAAAUAUACUUAUUACCGAGCAACGGUUUUGCCAAGAGAACCUGAACCAAAUGCCACAACAAAGACAGAAGAUCCAGAAGAGUCUGUAGACGAGACAGAGCAAGAUUACUCUAAAGGAAACACUGCCAGUCUGCUGGCUGGUAAAAACACAUGCCUCAUUAACGAAUUGAAUUUGAACGAUAUCGGCGAAGAUGAGCUGGGUGACGACGAAAGCACCUCACAGUCUGACGAGAAAGACAGCAUGGGUGAGGUGGCCUCAGAGGAAGCAAGGGACUCUGAAGGGUCAGGAUCCAAUGAAAAUACAAACUCUUUCCAGAGGGACUACCUGGAUGGGACCCUACCAGACCUGCUAAACAGUGGCAAGCCGCUCAGCAGACGCAGAACACUGGGACACUACUCAGACACGCUUAAAGAAGUACGGCGAGAAGUGGAGCUGUCCCGCAGACGAAGUAUCAAGCUGAAGGCCCAGGUGGACAAACUGCAGGAAAGCAGAGAAGGACAGGGCUGGAGUCAACACAAAGAUCGGGUCACAGAGGAAGUUUUGUCUAUUCUGAGGCUGCUGCACCCGCUGACAGAGCCAGAGUCCAGCCAGAUCGAGCCGUCCGAUGGGGAAAACCGCCUGGACGCCGCUCUGGCCCAGCUGCAGAACGUGGCCCGCAAACUGGCAAUCAGCCACACCAAACAGGUAAGAUCCAAACCUGGAGGAAAGGUGGCAGAAGACAGUGCAAUUCUCCAGCAGGCGCUGCGGGACAGAGAUGAGGCCAUAGAAAAGAAAAAGGCGAUGGAGGCCGAGCUGCUGCGGAGUAAGACAGAGAUGAUGACGCUGAACAACCACCUGCUGGAAGCUGCACAGAAACGUCUGGAACUGUCACUGGAGCUCGAGGCCUGGAAGGAGGACUUUCAGCUGAUCCUCCAACAGCAGGUGAAGAGUCAGCAGCAGGCAGAGCAGAACCAGAAGAAGCCCUCUCGCAUGGGCCUCCUGAGGAGGACGAACAGAGCACCCAUGCAGCGGCCGACCAACUUCCCUGUGGCUGGAGCCGCCACCCCCGCAAACAGCUCAAACCAAAAUCCCACCUCCAAGUCUGCAGCAUCUGCUGCUCCGGCUCCCAAAACGCCCCCUACCAUUGGCAGAAGUAGCAACUGGAGGGACAAGCUCAGGAUGGGCAAGAGCAGUCGUCAAGGAGACCAGGAUUUAGCGAGAGGAAGGGAAGAAGACGAUGGCUUUCAGGUCGUAUCGCUCGACUGA